AUGUCGGAGCACGUCGCACAUCAGCAGCAGCUGCAGCGAACGAUUGAACGCGCUCUCGAGAACUUUAAAAAAAUCGGUAGGAGCAAUCUAACACCAGCUAAGGUGCGGUCCAGGAUCUCAACGCUCAAGGAAUACUGGAGUCAAUUCUCCAAUGGACACGCAGAGGUGUCGCGGAAAGUCCCGGAAGCAAUCCGGUCGUCUUUCAGUUACUUCAAAGACAAUCAUUACGACGCGACUCAAGCAAUAUACGAAAACACUCUGGACCACAUGGCGGACAUCCUGGAGGAACUGGAGCCGGUCGAAUGUCGGAGUAAAUAUUCAUGUCGGGUUUGCCACAAAAAGCAUCAUUCGAUGCUACAUGUUGACUCGGAUUCAAGUUCCUCGAGAACUAUUAUGCCGGAUUGCUCGUCGCCUCAACCGUCCGGUUCGACACCGGAAGUAAAUUCUCUGAUCGCCUCAACAAGAAAGCGAUCACCCCUCUUAUUAACGACGACCUGGGUAACGGUGCGCUGUCCGUCCGGUCGUACCGCUGUAAUCCGAGCGCUCCUCGAUCAAGGCUCGGAAAUGACUUUCAUCUCUGAAAGUUUAGCGCAACUCUUGCGCGUCAAACGCAUUCGUAUGCCGAUCUCCGUUUCCGCCGUCGGCGGGAUUAACGCGGGGACUUUUCAACACGCGACACACAUAUUUAUUUCUCAUCGAGAAUCUCUCGCUCCGUCACUUUCAACCACCGCGCUAAUUCUAAAGUCGCUAAUCUCUUAUACUCCGAGAAGACACGUGGAUCUCUCAUCACUGUCUUAUCUCUCCGAUUUACCGCGAGCAGAUUCGGAUCCGACGAGUUCCGAUACUAUCAAUCUUAUAAUCGGAGCCGAUCUCUAUAGCGACAUCAUUCGCGACGGUGUUCACAAAGGAAGCAUCGGACAACCCUUCGCUCAGAAUUCCAUUUUCGGAUGGAUAAUCUCGGGACCGCUCACGUCGCUCGAGAGUCAAGAUCCAUUUCAGUCGACAAUGACUUCCGUUCAUUGCACUCGCGAUAGCAUUUCCGCUCAUCACACUACAAGCUCUACCUCUCUCGAAGAGGAACUUCGUCGAUUUUGGGAGAUUGAAGAACUCCCACGACAAUUAAUUCUUACUCCGCAAGAACAAGAGUGUGAAGAGCAUUUCUGCUCGACGCACUAUCGCGACUCCGACGGCCGGUACAUUGUUCGCCUUCCGUUCAAAACGAGUCCUCCGAUCGAUAUCGGUAAUUCAAGAUUUCGCGCCGAAAACAUUGUAAAUUCGCUAGUACGGAGAUUUCGCGACAAACCCGAGGUCGCGAAAGAAUAUUCCGACUUUAUUACCGAAUUUGAACGUCUUGGGCAUAUGCGGCCAGUGCCGAUGCCGCAAGGUGACAUAGAACCAGCUGUCUAUCUCCCGCAUCACGGGGUGAUCCGGGAAAGCAGCUCAACCACGCGUCUUCGCGUAGUUUUCAACGCUUCAAGCGUUACGUCGAACGGCACAUCUCUAAACGAUUACAAUGGCGACGCUAUAAAUACGUGUAUUCAUCCGACAUCGCGAAAAUGUAUCGCCAAAUUCUGGUUGAUCCUCGCGAUACAAAUUAUCAGCUGA